UCGUACUUAGACUAUACAAUAAUUCAUUCAGUGAUCUACAAUAUAGUUUCUCGUACUUCGUAUUCAUUGUUAAAUUAUUAUUUAAUAAAAAUGAUUUUAAAAUCGUUUGUUUUAUUGAUUACUAUCAACUCAUUUGCCGUACCAGAGGAAGAUGGACUGCUGAAAUGUUAUUAUUACAGGUAUAUGCUGUACUCAUUUACUUUGCAUGGAAUCUAUAUUACCGAUACUUUCAACAAUACAAAAAAUGUUUCUCAUGAACAAUUAAAACUGGAAAUAAAAGUGCACGAAGACGAAUUACGAACUCAAGGUGCCAUCGUUAUAGGUAUGCUUGAAAAUCUGAAAAAGCGAAAAACAUCUUCCGACAUUUACGAUUUAAUGAAGUUGAACUUAUACUUAAACAACGUUUUUGAAACUCCGUUGAUAAGAACUACUCAUGCUGUGGAUUAUCCCAAUGGUCGAACUACCGUACGUUUAACAAGCAAUAGUAAAGAAUAUAUAGUUUCUAUUAAAGAGUCAUUUCAAACGUUCCAUGAAUACAUCGGUAAAGAUAUCAGAGAACAUGUCGAGUCCAAAUGCAAAAGUGAAAAACCCAUAGACCGUGAUGCUUUUAGCGAAUGCCCUAAACCUUAUGUUGACUUGAACUACUUGUUACCGGAAAAUUUUUAUGACAUCGAGGCGGAUACUAAUAAAAAAACUUUUAUUGAAGCUAUGAAAACAUUUAACGACAAAACCGUGACUUUGAGUCAUUUAUUAGCGACAGAUAAACAGAAAAAUUCAAUUUUCAAUCCCAAAAAAAUGUUAUUCCAAAAAAUUCUAAACCGUGAAACAUAUAAGGAUGGCGUAUUGCAACCACCGUCACCAGAUAAACAGGAUACUAGUUUGGAUUUAUUGCGAAACGUCAGUGUUGAUGGCAGAUUGAUAGACGGGCAAAUGGUAAAUAUAACGAUAUUAUUUGAAAUGAUUAAACGUAGCUAUGAGCCGCAUCAUAUCCAGCACUUUCAACGUCAAGUAUUGGCGGCAUCGAUCUACCCAGUUCUCAAUUGCAUCGGUUCGUAUCUAUUGUUGUUCAAACAAAUGUAUUAUAACGGCAAAGCUAAAUUCGGUGACGUGGACGAAAUGGUUCGGAAAUAUGAGACAACAAUUGACAGAUGCGCUGUGAAAAUUCAGGAACGUCUAAAUCAAAUCAUAGACUACAAAUUAUAUCCCGCAAGAGUGCAAACUCAUUUAGAAUGUACUGCGGCAGAAUUAUCCAAGCUCCGUAGAUUCGAAAACAAGAAAAGCAUACAAACUACCAAACUCACUUGGAUCGAAACGUUAUACAGACGUUGUUCGUUGCCCAUGCAAUUAAAUUUAUUGAUAUUCGACGAGUAUGAUGUGGCAUCCAUGAAUAUCGAUACAGAAGACAAGUUUGUCGAAAUGCUAGAGAACCUAAAAAGACAAACCAGUAAGCUUGACGAAUACAUACCUGCUUUAGGGGGAAAAGAGGAAGAUUUUUUGCAUGUAGGCCGAAGGAACCCGUACUUUUCUCACGAGUACAUGUUCGAUGAUAAAUUGACUUUCGACAUUGUAUUGCACUACAAAGACGCUUAUGACAAAAUUUUGAAACACAUUUCAAGAGUUAAAGCAGAAAGGAGUUCCAAACGUGUGUUAAUUGUGAGUUAAUAUUACUAAAGUAUUUGCUAAUAAAAAAAUUAACAGAAGAUUGAAUUUUAAAAUAUUGUACAUGCUUUAUGGCUGUAAUAGUUAUUUAUAUUUUCAUUUUUAUUUAUCUAUAAUAGAGAAUUUAUUAUAAUUAUGAUUGAUAUUAUUAUUAUUAUUAUAUUUCUUAUGAAUGUAUAAUGUUAAUACAUUUUCUGUAAAAUUACACAACCAUUCUAGUACAUUUAUUUGAC